GAUUGUCAGAAAUACUUUACACCGCCUUUGGGAUUUAGAAAAAUUGCUAGGAGAGGAAUUCAGAUCUAAACUGAGAUGUGAAGUUGGGGCGAGUGAUUGUAAUCUGAACUGAAGACACGUUACCAGAGUCUCCAGCACUCUUAAGACACACGCAUAUGUUACUGGAUUGAAGAAAGCACCUUUUCUGCAGCUACGGCAACCAUACAAGGAAUGGAACAGACCACACCAGGGGCUGGCCCUGGCAUGUACCAGCCGGGACAUCAUGUUUCUCUAAACUCAUAUCUGUGGAAAGGGAUGCCAGAGAAGUUCUUGAAGGGGGAACCCAAAGUUCUUGGGGUUGUGCAGAUCCUGAUUGCCCUGAUGAACUUAAGCUUGGGAAUAGUAAUGAUUACUGUCACGUUGGAAUUUGCGUCAGCUCCUUACGAAUGCCCCUUAUCAGUGCACUCGGGGUACACAGUUUGGGGGUCGGUGAUGUUUCUUAUUUCAGGCUCCUUGUCAACUGCAGCAGGAACUAGAACUACAAGAGGUCUGGUCCAAGGUAGCCUAGGAGUGAACAUCACCAGCUCUAUCUUUGCUGCAUCAGGGAUCUUAAUCACUAUCAUGAGCAUGAUUAAUUCUUAUUUCCAUUACCCUUACUUUUACUAUGAUCGGAAGUUGGCGAAUGGUUCCAUAGUCCAAUCUGUUUUAAUGGGUAUGGAUGCUAUGGUGCUCGUUUCAAGUGUGCUGGAGUUCUGCAUUGCUGUGUCCCUCUCUGCCUUUGGAUGUAAAGUAACCUGUUGUAAUCCUGGUCGGGUUGUGUUCCUGGUGCCAUCAAAUCCUCACAUGGAAGAAACAGCAACUCCUGUACCAGUUGCAAGAGAUAUAAGGCCACCUGCAGAUCAACAGCAAAAGGUUUCAGAAAACUUUCUUGACAGUUGUGCAAGAACCCCACUUGGAAAAGUACCAGACUCAAACUGAUUUUAAUAUAUAUGUAUAUUUAGUUCAUAACUAUGUUCUCAUUUUCCCCCAAGUACUCAACAACUCAUUUCACUGGUUCUUUAUCCACAAUAGCAAAAAGUAAAUAAAUACAUCAUGCAUAUUAUGAGUAAAUAGCCCUCGAAAGUUUUUCAUCGGUCUUUGGGACUUUAUAAAAGGACAUGAAGGUGGUAAAGAAGAUUUGGUAGAAGAAGGGCAAAAAACUAUUGUUGAAGUGAGGCCUCCAUGCAGACUACAUAUUUCUGCUUCCCUGGCCAAUACUCCUCCCACUUGUUUGACUUUCUUUUCCCGCCUUUGGGAACGCAGUGUUUUUACCUUUAGAAAGUUGAGAUGUGUGGCUUUUCCCUCUCUUUCUUUUUCCUGCUUUCCUUCUCCCUUCAAAUAGCACAGUCGGUCCUCUUAUGUGCACAAACCAUUAUUUGAAUGUAAAUACAACAGAGUCAAAAUCACAUAAUGGUCAGAUUCAACUUAUAUUUUCUCUGUCUCUCUCUCUUCACCUUCCUCUUCUUCCCGUUCUCUCUCAAUCUCUCUCCUACAGGGCAGCGUUAUACCUUAAUCAAAUUUGUAUCCAGUGCCAUAUAGGUGAUUGAGCAACACAUGGGACUUAGUUAAUGUCUGUUAAAUACUUUGAUUUAUUACAGAUCAACAAUAAAUUAAAUAAAAUUAGAAAGAAUAACUUAA